CAGAUGGUGCUUUAGUUUGCGGGGGAGGCGAUGACCCCUGACCCGGGUAUCCUAAUUGCGGCUAAGCGCAUGCUCAGUACAAAAGUCCAAAGUUGUCUGUUUUGUUGAUGAUGGCCGGUGAUGAUGUGGUUCCGCCUGGUCAUGACGAUGUAGUAAAGCAGUGGGUAGCAGUUUCUCUCACGCACGUUGAGUAUCCUAAGGGUGACCUAAUUGGACAAGGCCUAGCAUGGUUCAGUCUGCUGCCAUUUUGUAUUAUUGUCGCAUUUAUUACCUUGAUCAUCUUCAGACGAGAUCUACACACAAUGUGUUUUUUAACCGGUCUGCUUCUGGAUGAAGCCGUUAACUGGGUGCUAAAGCAUGUGAUCAGAGAGCAGAGGCCAAUUACAGAGAGAGUUUUAUAUACAGAAUACGGAAUGCCAUCAAGUCAUGCACAGUUUAUGUGGUUCUUUUCCAUUUAUCUAACAUUUUUCCUUUUUAUAAGAGUUUAUACAAAUUAUACAUGGGUAGAUGAUUUGUGGAAGUAUGCAGUCAGUUUAGGAAGUUUUAUCAUUUCAAUUAUUGUAUGUUAUAGCAGAAUAUACCUAGGCUACCACACCAUUAGUCAGGUAUUUUGGGGAGCUGCAUCAGGGUUUGUUCUAGGGGUGUGCUGGUUCGGUGUAGUACAGCUUUUGCUUACUCCACUCUUCCCUCAUAUAGCUUCAUGUCAUUUAGGAGAAUUUUUUAUGGUGCGUGAUUCAACUUUGAUACCUCAUGUGCUGUGGUUUGAGUAUACUUCAUCGAGAACAGAAGCAAGGAGCAGACAGAGGAAAAUGACAGCUAGGAAAUCACAGUAGAUGUGUUUAGUCAUGGUUACUUGGCAGCAUUCAACAAUGUUGAUCAUUCAGCUGAUUUUACUACUACCAGUAUGUCAUCAUGGACGGAAAUAGUUCGGACUGGUCGAAAUGUAGGGUGUUUAUGAAGUUUGUGAAGCACUUUUCAUGUGUAAUAACUUUGUAUGUACACCUGAUAUGCUUUAUGGAAGUGCUAAGUGACUAAUUAAUUCAGAAUUUGAGGUUGUUAAUUUAAUUGUAGCUGGUGUUUGGUCAUGGGAAUUAUAUUUUUUAAUGGAUUUUGCUAAAUAUGGAAUGCUGGAUUACAUGUAGAUAUGCUCGGUUUUGGGUUUUUUCUUCAGGAUAAUGUUACGGGAAUGUAAUUUGAUUAACAUGACUUUCUUUUACAGGAAUACCACAGGCCAAAUUCAGAAAAUGUUGAAACUUUUCAUUUACAGGGAUUCAGGUAUUUAGUAUCUUUAUUUCAUGCAAAAACAUUUGUGAAUACGCAGUAUGAAUAAUGAUAAAGAUGAAAGAAAAUUAUUUUUAUAUUUUUUAAACUGCCUGUUGUUAUAAGAAUUGUUUUUUCAUUGUGAGUUUGUGAGCCAAGUUUUAUUUUACACAAUUUACAACUGAGAAACUGUUAUUAUAAUUACAUGUACAAACAGUAUAAAUAACAUACAGGUAUACAUGCAGUGGCAUAGCGUGGGAGGGGCCACCGGGGCAGUUGCCCUGGGCGCAAAAUUCUGGACUGGUGAAAGGGACUCUGGGAGUGCUAACGGUCCACUGGUUAGGGGGCACUGGCAACCCACGCUACGCCACUGUAUACAUAAAUCACUUUCUAUUGUCCUUACCAUGACCUAUCUUCCAUAUUGUUUGUAAUUUUUUGCAAGAAAUAGAUUCCAAAUAUUUGUAACCAUUCACCUUCUAACCAUAUUCAAUAUGAUGUUACGAUGGUUUUUUUGUUGCAAAUUUUGCUCCAGUCGUGUAAUUAAUAAAAAGAGGAGUCAGGUGAUGGCAGCAGAUUUUUUCUGUAGUCUGAAAGUUGCAGUUGCAGUGUGACCACAUGUUUGACCCUUUAAUAACUGCUGAAUUAACCAAUGGCCUGGGUGGUCGUUAAACAUCCCUUUUUUUUUAAUCUGCCAUUUAUAAACUGUGUAUCAUGUGUACAUACAAAAGGUAAUCGGGCUUGAUGAACACCCUGUAUAUAUUCCUUCUUAUAAACUGAUAUGUGCAAUCAUGGUGACUGUCAACGGGGGACAAUAUUUCGAAAUCUGAGGUAACCGGAAGUCAGUUCACAUGGUUUUUACCUAGGUAACCAAUUGUUCGGUUACGUGAAUUAUA